UGUGUCUGCAUCCGUGGGAUUCGCGUCCGUGGGCCCCGGUCCCUGCGGGACUGCCCUCCCUGCCCUCCUCGCCCCGCGGCUCCGGGGCUGGCGGCGGCGGCGGCCCCGCCCGGUGCGGCGGCGGCGGGCGGAGCCGGCGUGCGGGCGCGGCCCCGUCUCCCUGCGGCUCUCGGCGGUGCGGCGGCCCGGCCGGCUGGGCCCCCCGCAGCCCCGGGCAUGGGAGCCCGCGGGCCGGCGGCCGGGGCUGGAGGAGGAAGAGGAGGAAGAGGAAGAGAAGGAGGCGGCGGCGGGGGCCGCUGACCGGCGCCGGGGCGGCGCGGCAGCCCCGAGGCCGCGGAUCAGGACCGUGGCUGGAGCCGCCCCCCUGCCCCGCCAAGCGCACAUGUCCGCCUGCCCAUGCCCAGAAGAUGACCAGGCUGCUCUUGGGGGUGACCCUGGAAAGGAUUUGCAAGGCUGUGCUGCUGCUCUGCCUGCUCCACUUCGUCAUCAUCAUGAUCCUCUAUUUUGACGUCUACGCGCAGCACCUGGACUUCUUCAGCCGUUUCAACGCCAGGAACGCCUCGCGCUCCCACCCGUUCUCCAACUCCUCCCGCCCCAACGGCACCGUUCCCAGCUACGGGCCAGCCGGUGCUGAGGCCCCAUCUCCCAGCACCAAGCCCAGCACCAACCAGUCUGCCACUGAGAAGCCCUUGCAGCCCUGCCAGGAGACACCUCCUGGCUUAGUUGGGCGCCUGCUCAUCGAGUUCAGCUCUCCCAUGAGCAUGGAGCGAGUGCAGCGGGAGAACCCUGAUGUGCGCCAGGGCGGCAAGUACACCCCCCCGGACUGCCUGCCCCGGCAGAAGGUGGCCAUCCUCAUCCCCUUCCGGCACCGCGAGCACCACCUCAAGUACUGGCUGCACUACCUGCACCCCAUCCUGCGCCGGCAGAAGGUGGCUUAUGGUAUCUACAUCAUCAACCAGUUCGGUGAAGACACCUUCAACCGGGCCAAGCUGCUCAACGUGGGGUUCAUGGAGGCACUCAAGGACGACGAGGAGUAUGACUGCUUCAUUUUCAGCGACGUAGACCUCAUCCCCAUGGACGAUCGCAACCUCUAUCGCUGCUACGAGCAGCCACGGCACUUUGCUGUUGGCAUGGACAAGUUUGGGUUCAGGCUGCCCUAUGCCGGCUACUUUGGUGGUGUCUCUGGGCUGAGCAAGUCCCAGUUCCUGAAGAUCAAUGGCUUUCCCAAUGAGUACUGGGGCUGGGGAGGAGAAGACGACGACAUCUUUAAUCGCAUCUCCCUGAAUGGCAUGAAGGUGUCAAGGCCCGACAUCCGCAUUGGGAGGUACCGCAUGAUUAAGCAUGAACGCGACAAACACAACGAGCCCAACCCGCAGAGAUUCACCAAGAUCCAGAACACCAAAAUGACGAUGAAGCGGGAUGGGAUCAGCUCGCUGCAGUACCGGCUGGUGGAGAUCUCCCGCCAGCCCAUGUACACCAACAUCACGGUGGAGAUUGGCAGGCCACCGCCCCGCCUGGCCCGCGGCUAGUGCUCCUGUCACCGGGAGCCCCUGUGCCUAGGCUGGCUGGGCAUAGCAGGGUUUUGCCCCAGCGCAACAGCCAGGACUGGACAGGGAUGUUUUCUGCCUACUCUGCUGCCUUCUGGAGACGGCUGCCCCCCAGCCGGCCCUUUGGUCCCCAGGAUUUCUCCGUCUCCCCCAUCCCCACGAGUGUGUUUGCAGGACCCCUGCCCCAUACGUGGUGUGUUGGUGGAUGAGCCUGGCUGCCCUGUGAGCAGCUCCUGGUACAGAGGGAGGGGGCAACCCCAGGCCUGGCAAGGAGCCCCCAGUCCAUGCCAGCUCCUGCCUGCACCCUGGGUGGGGAGGGUGAAGUCCCACUGCUCUUUGAGAGCUGAAGGGUCCCCACCAGCGCUGUGAGAAGUGGGGUGCAGGCUUCCCCCUUUAUCAGUGCUGGAGCCACCGCUGCCCCAGCUGGGGAUGGGAGCAGCCUGGGGCCCCCAGGCAGGCAGGAUCAGGGCAGGGUUGCUGCCCUGGCCAGGCACUGCCCAUGCUGCUGGGCACACAGACAUGGCUUGCUGUCUUCCUCUGCUUUAGUCUGGUGCUUAGAGCCGGGCCCUGUCUCAGCUCUGCCAAACAGAGACCUCUGAUUAGCGAAUGCCCCUCGCUGUGCCUCAGUUUCCCCAGGGCUGGGGGGAUGGCAGCUGUAUCCCAUCCCCCAACCCCAAAGGCAGGUGCUCUGUGUGUGUGCAGCCCCUGCCUGCGCCUGCCCUCUCCUCUUUGGUGGGGAAAUAGGGCUCAUUUGAACCCCCCAGGCCCUCUUGGUGGGGGCUGCUGCAGCCCCUCUAGCAGGGAGGGAAUCUUCCCCUUGAGGUCUCCCUUUGCCUUCCCCCUUCCAGGCCAGGGGCAGGGGGGCUGCAGGCAGGAGAGGCCGGGACAAUGCAGGGCAGGAGCCCUGUGCCCCUCCAUGGGACUGGGAGCCCCAGCACCCCUGACACUCCAUGGGGUUCUAGGAGCAGUGGGGUUGGGAGCAGGGCAGCUCGCCAGGGCUGGGGGGCACUGGCGACUUUUGUACAUUUGAAUGUCUGACCCUUUUUUCAGCGUACGUUGAAUGCAACGUUCGGUCGUAGAGACCGGGGGUUUUGUAUUUAAUAAAAGUUUGAAAAGUUGG